AUGGUAGAUGACAAGGGAAAGAACAUGAAAUGUCUCACCUUCUUCUUGAUGCUUCCAGAGACAGUCAAGAACAGGUCCAAGAAAAGCUCUAAGAAAGGAAAUAGUAGUAGCAGCAGCAGCAGCAGCAAGUUGCCUCCAGUUUGCUAUGAAAUCAUUACCUUGAAGACCAAAAAGAAGAAGAAGAUGGCUGCUGAUAUUUUUCCCAGAAAGAAACCAGCCAACACUAAUACAACUGCUGUCCAGCAAUACCACCAACAAAACCUCAACAACAACAACACUAUCCCUGCCCCCAAUUGGCAAGGGCUUUAUCCCACCAUCCGAGAGAGAAAUGCAGUGAUGUUCAACAAUGACUUGAUGGCAGAUGUUCAUUUUGUGGUUGGGCCACCAGGUGGGACCCAGCGGUUGCCAGGACACAAAUACGUCUUAGCUGUUGGGAGUUCUGUAUUCCAUGCAAUGUUUUACGGAGAGCUUGCUGAGGACAAAGAUGAAAUUCGUAUACCAGAUGUUGAGCCUGCUGCUUUUCUCGCUAUGCUGAAAUACAUCUAUUGUGAUGAAAUUGACUUAGCUGCCGAUACCGUGCUGGCCACUCUUUAUGCUGCCAAGAAGUACAUCGUUCCUCAUCUUGCCCGAGCAUGUGUCAACUUCCUAGAGACGAGCCUAAGUGCAAAGAAUGCCUGUGUGCUGCUCUCCCAGAGCUGCUUAUUUGAAGAACCUGACCUGACCCAGCGCUGCUGGGAAGUGAUUGAUGCCCAAGCAGAGCUGGCUUUGAAAUCUGAGGGGUUCUGUGAUAUUGAUUUUCAGACACUUGAAAGCAUCCUCCGAAGGGAGACGCUGAAUGCCAAAGAAAUUGUUGUUUUCGAAGCUGCGCUUAACUGGGCUGAAGUUGAGUGUCAACGGCAAGAUUUACCUGUUAGCAUAGAAAAUAAACGCAAGGUCCUAGGGAAAGCUCUCUACCUGAUUCGCAUCCCUACCAUGGCACUCGAUGACUUUGCAAAUGGUGCUGCUCAGUCCGGGGUGCUGACUCUCAAUGAAACCAAUGAUAUCUUCCUUUGGUAUACAGCUGCCAAAAAGCCAGAAUUAGAGUUCGUGAGCAAUGCCAGAAAAGGCCUUGUCCCCCAGCGUUGCCACCGCUUCCAGUCUUGCGCCUACCGCAGCAACCAGUGGCGUUACAGGGGUAGGUGUGACAGCAUCCAGUUUGCUGUUGAUAAGAGAGUUUUCAUUGCCGGCUUUGGGCUAUAUGGUUCUAGCUGUGGAUCAGCAGAAUAUAGUGCAAAGAUCGAACUUAAACGCCAAGGUGUUAUCCUAGGCCAGAACUUGAGCAAGUAUUUCUCAGACGGAUCUAGCAACACUUUCCCAGUGUGGUUUGAGUAUCCAGUGCAGAUUGAGCCUGAUACCUUUUAUACAGCUAGUGUGAUUCUGGAUGGCAAUGAACUAAGCUAUUUUGGACAAGAAGGAAUGACUGAAGUUCAGUGUGGGAAGGUAACUGUUCAAUUCCAGUGCUCUUCAGACAGUACUAAUGGCACUGGAGUGCAGGGAGGGCAGAUUCCAGAACUCAUAUUCUACGCCUGA